AUGCUUUAUUUGAUUGGGUUAGGGUUAUCGUAUGAUUCAGAUAUCACAGUACGUGGUUUAGAAACCGUUCGUAAAUGUAAAAGAGUAUAUUUGGAGGCUUAUACAUCUAUUUUAAUGGCAGCUGAUCAAUCAACCUUAGAAAAGUACUAUGGUAGAGAAGUUAUUUUGGCUGAUAGAGAGUUGGUCGAAACCGGAUCCGAUCAAAUCUUGGAAGGAGCUAAAGAAGAUGACAUUGCAUUUUUAGUCGUAGGCGAUCCAUUCGGUGCUACCACUCAUACUGACCUUAUCAUAAGAGCUAGAGAAUUGGGCAUCCCUGUAGAAGCUAUUCAUAAUGCGUCAGUAAUGAAUGCAGUUGGUGCAUGCGGCUUACAAUUGUAUCAGUUCGGCCAAACUGUUUCAUUGGUUUUCUUCACGGAUUCUUGGAAACCAGAUUCGUUUUAUAAUAAAGUAAUGGAAAAUAGAAAGAUUGGUUUACAUACUUUAUUACUUCUCGAUAUUAAGGUUAAAGAACAAAGUAUCGAAAAUAUGGCUAGGGGUAGAUUAAUCUACGAACCUCCAAGAUAUAUGGAUAUCGCAACUGCUGCACAGCAAUUGCUUGAAAUCGAAGAGCUUAGAGGAGAAAAAGCUUACACACCUGACACACCAUGUGUGGCAGUUUCCAGAUUGGGCUCCCCACAACAGAAAUUUAAGGCUGCCACUCUAAGUCAGUUGGCAGAAUACGAUAGUGGUGAGCCAUUACAUUCCUUAGUCAUGCUUGGAAGACAGGUGCAUGAUUUAGAAUUGGAAUAUUUGUACCAAUACGUUGAUAAUAAAGAAGAGUUCAAGAACUUUGUAGUUGAAGAUCAAGAAUUUUUCAAGCCACCUCCAUAUGUUCCUGCUGAAGAAGUAGACAGCGAUUAA